ACUCAGUCUUCUAACUUUGGUUAUAAUUUGGUUAAAAUUCAAUUCAUUAUCCAAAUUGAAAAAUCAUUAUUUAUUUUAUAAAAACCUCUUUACAGUCCUUACUUAUUAUUUCAAUCUGAUUUUUUUAGAAUAUGUAAAUAAUAAGCCCGCCAGAUCUAAAUAUGGCUACAAAAACCUCAUUUCCUUCGGUCCUGACUGGUAUGACAUCCAUCGAUCCAGAUUAUGUCCAGUUCUUGACGUUCAGUGAUGAAGACAUCAAGAAACUAAGUGUGGUGAAAAUAACAAAUCCUAUUUCUUUUGAUGGUGUAGGAAACCCUACUCAGGGUGGUUUAUAUGACUCUGCUUUAGGACCAGUGAGAGAUCGGUUUGAUGCUUGUGCAACAUGCGGCAAUGUACUUCUUCAUUGUCCUGGCCAUUUUGGUCAUAUAGAACUUCCUUUAGUUGUAGUAAAUCCUCUCUUCCAAAAAACAAUAUAUUCACUGUUCCGGAUAAGUUGCCUUAAGUGCUUUAAAAUCCAAAUGGAUAAUAGAACAAAGUUUCUAUUAAAGCUUCAGCUAGAAUUAAUAGAAGCUGGUCAUGUAACUGCUGCACUUGACUUAGAACAUUUCACUGGAGAUAUUAAGGUACUUAAUAAAGAAACUAGAAAAGAAAAAACUCACAAAGUGAUUAAGAAAUGUCAGAAAUUGUUAAAAAGUGUAGAUCCUGUUACUGAGGUGUUUCACAAUAAGAACUCGGAUAAAUUACGUUCGAAAAUUAUGAACAGUUAUUUUCGGUCUAUAAAUAUAGCGAAAACCUGUGCAUUUUGCAGUAACAAGUUAAUCAAAAUUACAACAUCUGCGGGUAGACUUAUGUGUAAUAGUAGUAGUGAUGGUACUGGUAAAGGAGUGAAAAUACUCAUGCCUGAUGAAAUAAAAAGCUACUGCACAAAAAUUGCUCAAAAUGAUGAAGAUAUUUUAAUUCACAGCAUACCACUGCUUCGAAAUACAAAAGUAAAGCCUGUGACUGAUAUAUUUUUUAUGGAAGUAGUCCCCGUGGUACCAAAUAAUAUUCGACCCUGUAAUGUAUUACAAGGAGAAUUGGUAGAACAUGCUCAAUCCAAUAUUUAUAAGUCAAUUUUGCAAAUAUCGUUUACCAUUAGAGUUAUAUUGCAAGUUUUGUCAGCAUCUGAUCACCAAAAAACUAUAAAUAAUUUGGAUAAAAGACCUCGAAAUGUAUAUGAACACGCUUAUGGUGGAACACCUGCUGAAAAAUUACAUAAUAGUUGGCAAGAGUUGCAAAAAACGGUUAAUAUGCUCUUGACCUGUGAAAAUCAGGGGUUUGCUAGUAAAGGUUUAAAACAAAUAAUAGAAAAGAAAACUGGUUUAAUUAGAAUGCACAUGAUGGGUAAAAGAGUAAACUUUGCUGCUCGGUCAGUUAUUACACCAGAUCCCAAUGUGGACAUUGAUGAAAUAGGUGUUCCAGAAGCUUUUGCCAAAAAACUUACAUAUCCUAUACCAGUAACUGAAUGGAAUGUUGAUGAACUACGAAAAAUGAUUAUAAAUGGACCAAAUAUUCAUCCUGGUGCUGAAAAACUGGAAAUCGAGAAUGGACGAAUUAUUAGGAUUCCACCUGAUUCAAUUCAAAAAAGAAAAAGUAUUGCAAAGAGGUUAUUGACCCCAGAUGAAUAUAAAACAUCUGGUUUAAAAAUUGUGCAUAGACAUUUGAUAAAUGGUGAUAUAAUGAUACUAAACCGUCAGCCCUCACUUCAUAAACCUAGUAUGAUGGCCCACAGAGCAAGAAUACUCAAAGAAGAAAAAACCUUAAGAUUGCAUUAUGCCAAUUGUAAAUCUUACAAUGCUGAUUUUGAUGGUGAUGAAAUGAAUGCACAUUUUCCACAAAAUGAAAUUGCAAGGAGUGAGGCUUAUAAUAUUAUGUCUGUUCGUAAACAAUAUCUGGUCCCAAAAGAUGGAACUCCAUUAAGUGGUUUAAUUCAAGAUCAUGUCAUUUCUGGUGUGAAAAUGUCCCUCAGAGGAAGAUUUUUUUCGAAAGCUGACUAUCAGCAAUUAGUUUUUCAAGCCUUAACCAGUCAUAGAGGUGAAAUAAAACUACUCCCACCAACAAUCAUAAAACCAGUAAUGCUUUGGUCAGGGAAACAAAUUUUGUCUACUAUUAUUAUCAACAGCAUACCUAAGGGAAAAGCUUAUUUGACAUUAAUGGGGAAAGCAAAGAUCAGUUCCAAAGCUUGGCAGAAAGAAUCACCCAGAAAAUGGAAAGCAGGUGGUACACCAUUCCUAAAUCCAAAUACCAUGAGUGAGGCAGAGGUUAUAAUAAGAAAAGGAGAACUCUUAUGUGGAGUGUUAGAUAAAUCACAUUAUGGCGCAACACCCUUUGGCUUAGUUCACUGCAUGUACGAGCUUUAUGGGGGAGACAGUUCUAGUGCUCUAUUGAGUUCAUUUUCGAAAAUAUUUACUUAUUAUUUACAGUGGAUUGGUUUUACUUUAGGUGUCAAGGAUAUUCUUGUUGUAGAAGAAGCUGACAGUAAACGCGAUGAUUAUAUUUGUUUGGUUAAAGAUGUUGGUAGAGUUGCAGCUCUGAAAGCCACGGACCUGCCAGUAGAUAUUGAUGACAACAAAUUAAAGGAUACUAUAGGUGAAAGGUACACAAAAGAUCCAAAAUUUAGAGCUAGUUUAGACCGACAAUAUAAAAAUAUGCUUGAUUCAUACACAAAUAAUAUUAAUAAAGUCUGUUUAUCUGAGGGCCUAUUAGAAAAAUUUCCCUACAAUAAUUUGCAGCUAAUGGUUCAGUCAGGUGCUAAGGGUUCAACUGUUAAUACCAUGCAAAUAUCUUGCCUACUAGGCCAAAUUGAGUUGGAAGGUAAAAGACCCCCUCUGAUGAUAUCGGGCCGUUCUCUCCCAAGUUUCCCCCCAUUUGACACAUCCCCUAGAUCUGGAGGAUUCAUCGAUGGUCGUUUUAUGACUGGUAUACAACCACAGGAAUUCUUUUUUCAUUGUAUGGCAGGUAGAGAGGGUCUUAUUGAUACUGCUGUAAAAACUAGUAGAUCUGGUUAUUUGCAAAGAUGCUUAAUCAAACAUUUAGAAAGCUUAAAUGUGGCAUAUGAUCAUACAGUCAGAGAUUCUGAUGGAAGCGUUAUUCAGUUUGCUUAUGGAGAAGAUGGUCUAGAUGUUCUUAAAUGUCAGUACUUUAAUGAAAAUCAAUUAGAAUUUCUUGACAUCAACUCAAAUGUUGUUGUGGGCAAGUCGGUAAUAAAGAAGCUUAAAGAAAAUUCCGACCCAAAGUCAAUAGCUAAAUCAUAUAAAGCACUGAAAAAAUGGAAGAAAAGAAAUGGAAAUCCACUACAAAAGUCACGAUUGAGUGCUUUUGCAAAAUUUUCAAUCGAUGCUAAAAAAGAUAUAAUACUUGAAAACAAACCGACUGAUCAAACUAGAGAUCCAUAUUACUGGACACUCGAAAAAAUGUGGCGUGAAUUAAAUGAAGAAGAUAAACAGCUAUAUAAAUCAAAGUCUUGUCCUGAUCCCAUACCGAAUAAAAUGGCUCCUGAAUACAAGUUUGGUGUUAUAAAUGAACUACUGGAUGGCAUGAUACAGAGCUAUAUGAAAAAUCGAGUAGAAAGUCAAUUUGACAAUUACACAGAAAAAGAUAAAUUCGUAGAAGUAAUGAAUGCCAAAUAUCUAGCUUCGAUGGUUACCCCUGGUGAACCUGUAGGAUUAUUGGCUGCUCAGUCUAUUGGUGAACCAUCUACGCAGAUGACAUUGAAUACCUUCCAUUUUGCUGGUCGAGGUGACAUGAAUGUCACUCUAGGUAUUCCUCGACUCCGUGAGAUCCUUAUGACUGCGUCAGUAAAAUUGAAAACUCCGAGUAUGGAUAUACCCUGCCGCACUGAUAUUCCAAAUAUGCAAAAGAAAGCUGAGCGUCUCAGGCAAAAGCUGAACAGAGUUAACGUGGCAGAUGUUUUAGAAAAAGUUCACGUGCAAUGCGAAAUAGUAACAAAACCUAAUAGAGAAUUAAAGACAACACUCCGAUUCACAUUUUUACCUCACUCUCAAUAUAAGACUCAAUAUUCUGUAAAACCACCACAGAUUAUAAAACAUAUGCAGAAUAAAUUCUUUACGGAGAUGUUUACUACUAUAAGGAAGCAUGCGAAGACUACAUGCGGUGUAAUGUGGUCAGCAGAGAAAGAAAAGAAACGGCGGCAGGUCGGAGGUGAAGACGAAGAGAACGAGAAUCCUGUUGAUACUGAAGAAAAAGGGGACAGUGGUAAAGUUGAUGAUAGCUCCGACGAAGAAGGUCCUAACGAAGAUGAUGACAAUACUGAUGCAAAAAUUCGUCAGAAAAGAACAGAAGAACAAGAGUAUGAAGAUCCAGAAUCCGAUGAAGAAGAGAAAUCUGAAGAUGAAUUAGACCUAGUAGAUGAACCGACGAAAAAUUUGGAUGAAGAGGAAAUUGCAGAUGGUCUAGAUGAGACACAAAAGAUCUCCAGUAAAGUUGUCGGCAGUGUCCAGAAUGCCACUAACUACUCUUUUGAUACGAAUAAUCACCAAUGGUGCGAAAUAACUGUACUAUUUCCUGUAUCAUUCUUAAAAGUAGAUUUGUCUCAGGCGCUACGUGAAACCGCUAUGAAGUCGACUAUCUACGAGGUUAAAAAUAUCAAACGAGCUAUUACAACCAAAGAAAAAGAUGUAUGGUAUAUUAAAACUGAGGGCAUAAACAUCUUACAAAUGUUUAAAUACAAUGAUCUCUUGGACUUAAACAAGUUGUACAGUAACGAUAUUCACGCCAUUGCGAACACUUACGGCAUAGAAGCAGCUAAUAAAGUGAUCAUAAAAGAGAUUCAGAACGUAUUCAAUGUGUAUGGUAUCACUGUAGAUGCUAGGCAUUUGUCACUAAUAGCGGAUUAUAUGACUUUUAACGGCAUAUUCGAACCGAUGAGCAGGAAAGGUAUGGAGGCUUCUAGCUCACCUCUGCAGCAAAUGUCGUUUGAAUCCUCAGUAAUAUUUAUGAAAGACGCCAUUUUGAAUGCAAAGAAAGAUAAUUUACGAUCGGCAUCUAGUUGUCUGAUGAUAGGUCAACCAUGCCGCAGCGGAACUGGUUGCUUCACCUUGCAACAUUGCAGCAAAGUUAUUGUAUAGUAAUUUCCGCCAAUUACGUAGUUAUUAACACAUAAUUGAUUUCAAUCUGUUGUUAUGAUUUUAGUUUUUAUAAGUAAUACAUUAUU